AUGAACAGAAGAUUCUACAUACUGACGCUGAUUUCGCUCUUAUGCUGUUUGUUGAUCUUCACAUUAUAUCCGUCAUUGAGGCAAUCAUCCGGAGCCUUUGCAUCGACAUCACACACCUCCAGAGAUGAAAGGAACUCGGUCUUCAAGAUAUUCAAUAGAAAGGGUGCAUUGGCCACAAUGUUAUGUGACCCUAAUAUGAUGGAAGCAACCUUGGUCUCAAUCUACUCGCUCAAUACUGCCUUUGCAAAGAAGCCUUCUAGUAAAACCGAUGUUAUUGUGCUUAUUCCUGAAUCCAUUCGAUUUGAGCAGCAAGACAUCCACCGUCUGGAAAAGCUUGGCGCACAUGUCAUUCGAACUGCAUUUCCUCAAUCAAUCUCACAUCAAGACGAUGAUGCUUGUAAUACAAUUAUCAAUUUGUGGGCUUUGUUUGAUUAUCAAAAGAUUGUUUACUUUACACCUGAUGUUGUAUUUGAUAAUAAUGUCGAUCAGUUAUUCAACUACUUGCCCGGUUCAGCCUUAUCUCUGAAUGAUGACCAAGAUACCCCACUCUUUGUACUAGAGCCAAACCCACAUUUAUUCGAGAGUCUUGUUAGACACUACCGAAAGGCAUCUGCAGGCAACUAUUCUCUCCCUGAAUUACUGCAAGACUCAUAUUUCGAAUACAAGUCGAGAAUCCCACCCAAAGAGAUUGCAAAUAGCCUUCAUGUGUAUUCUGCUCCCAUGAAGCCCUGGAAUUUUCAUGCCUACAGUGAUAUCGAUUGGAAGAAGCAUUAUGAUCCUGUAGGCUUCUAUAAAUGGCGCCGUAUCAGUAAUGACGUUAGACAUCUGCUUGAUCCUUCUGCUACAAAAGAUUGGGUAAAUGAGGCAAGACAGCGUAUGGUCUGCGAUUCCUAUUUAGAAUCAGUUACAAAUGUCAAUCACUUCCCUGUCCACGAUAAGUUCUCUGUCAUGAUCAGCACUUACAACCCUGAGCGUAUCGAGCAUCUCUCACUGAUUAUCCGACAUCUACUCAAGUCUGAUCAAGUGCACACCGUGUUUAUAACAUGGCACAAUCCAGCUUUGCAAGUACCUGCUUCAUUGUAUCAGGAUAUCAGCGAAAACGACUACGAACGAGUCAAGGUGCUGGGUCAAACUUUUGAUUCCUUAAACAAUCGUUUCAACCCUGUUGAUGAAUUAAAGACCGACGCUGUGUAUAUCAUGGAUGAUGAUAUUUAUGUCGACUUGGAAGAUUUAGAGUUCACGUUCUCUGUAUGGCGUUCUCGUAAAGAUAGCGUUGUAGGUCAUUUUCCUCGGUUGCAUACUUAUGAUUCCAUCACAAAAGACGCCACCUACAAGUUGAUUGGAAAAGCUCCUUAUAGCAUCAUUUUAACAAAGAGUAUGUUUAUCAGAUCAGACUAUUUGUUCAGUUAUACUUGUUUGCUCGAACCCAAGUUGCAUCAACUCGUUGAUAGUCAACUGAAUUGUGAAGACCUUGGUUUUUCAAUGAUGGUCUCUGGCAUGAGCCAUGCUGCAUCCACAUUCGUUCGUCCAAAGCAACACAUGGAGGAUUUCGGCCUCAAACAGGGCAUUAGCACUAACACAGCCCAUAUGCCUGCCCGUGCUGAUUGCAUCUCUGAUUUCAUUACAUUGUUCUGGGACUCAAAGGACCCUCUGGUCAACUCUUAUGAUAUUGCAGCACCAUUUGCUAAACCUCAAAUUCGUGUGGGUAAUUGGGAUAGAAUUGAAAAGACCAUCCUGGGCUGA